UUUUCAUAUUAGGGCGAUGAUGAACAUGUUUUUUCCCCCCAAAGAGGUAACAAGAAAGCUAGCCUUCGGCAAUACUACAAUUGUUAAUUCGGUUCCUUUUUCGCGAAACUAAACCAGAAAUUCAAGAAGAAGAAGAAGAAGAAGAAGAAGAAGUUGGAUUGGUUUCACUUCACUCUCAUCUAUAGUCCAAGAACUUUUCACUUCCUUGGACCUCACUUGAGCCGCCGCCGCCGCCGUCGCCGCCAUGGAAGGACCUUCCUCGUACCUCCGCUUCUCUCUCUCCAUCGUCUUCUUCUCCUCCGUGCUCUUCUUCGUGUUCAUCCCUUCCUGGUAUCAUCCUCUCGACAAGCCGAAGCUGAGGCCGACGCAAUUCUUCCCCACCGGCGGCAGCCCCGUCCCCGAGGAGCCUCCCAGAAGCCGGACAACCAGGACCCGCCGCCCGCCGCCCCAGACCGUCCACCACCCGCUCGACCCGCUCACGGCCGGAGAGAUCGUCCGGGUCGGGUCGAUCCUCCGGUCGUACCCGCCCUUCAAGCCCUCGCCCCCGCCCAUCCACUCCCUCUCCCUCCACGAGCCGGAGAAGCCCGAGGUCCUCGCCUGGGAAAAGGGCGACCCACUUCCGGCGAGGCGGGCGUUCGUCCUCGCCCUCUCGGGCGGCCAGACCCACGAGCUCGUCGUCGACCUGGGCUCCGGCCGGGUGCAGGCCCACUCGAUCGAGUCCGGGUCGGGUUACCCGCCCCUCACGGUGGACGACCUCGUCGCCGCCCUCGAGGUCCCGUUCGCGAGCGCCGAGUUCAACGCGUCGAUCCGCGCGCGGGGCGUCGCGCUGUCGGACGUGAAGUGCAUCCCGCCGUCGUCGGGAUGGUACGGGCGGGCGGAGGAAGAGGGGAGGAGGGUCAUAAAAGUCCAGUGCUUCGAUCAGGAGGGCACGUCCAAUUUCUACAUGAGGCCGCUCGAGGGCCUCACCAUGACGGUAGACAUCGACAAGAGGGAGCUUGUGGAGUUUUCGGACUCGGGUCGGGGCAUCCCGGUCCCGAAGAGUGCGGGCACGGAGUACCGUUACGGGUCGGUCGAGGGCUGCGAUGCCGCGGCGCCGCCGCUGAAGCCCAUCUCGAUCGAGCAGCCCGACGGGCCGAGCUUCGUGGUGGAGGACGGGCACGUCGUGAAGUGGGCGAACUGGGAAUUUCACCUCAAGGCGGACCCUCGGGCGGGGCUGGUGAUCUCGAGAGCCCGGGUCCGGGACCCGGAGACCGGGGCGCUAAGGAGCGUGAUGCACAAGGGGUUCGUGUCCGAGCUGUUCGUGCCUUACAUGGACCCGGACGAGGGCUGGUACUUCAAGACAUUCAUGGAUGCAGGUGAAUACGGGAUGGGGGUGAUGGCCAUGUCCCUCGUGCCGCUAAAUGACUGCCCCAGGAAUGCAUACUACAUGGACGGGAUUUUCGCGGCGCCCGAUGGGACGCCCUAUGUCGAAUCCAACAUGAUCUGCUUGUUCGAGCGCUACGCCGGAGAUAUCAGCUGGCGUCACUCCGAGAUCUCUAUCACUGGAUUGGAGAUUAGAGAGUCGAGGCCUAAGGUGACGCUGGUGGCUCGUAUGGCGUCGUCGGUCGGGAAUUAUGACUACAUUUUCGAUUGGGAGUUUCAAACGGACGGAUUGAUUCGAGUCAAGGUGAGUCUAUCAGGUAUGCUCAUGGUGAAAGGAGCUCCGUUUGAGAACAUAAAGAAUGUGCCCGAAGAGUACGAAAUGACCGGGCCCCUCGUGUCGGAGAACGUCAUCGGCGUCGUCCAUGACCACUUCAUGACAUUCCACCUCGACAUGGACAUCGACGGCUCGAACAAUUCCUUCGUCAACGUCCGCCUCGAGAAGGAGGAGACCCCGCCUGGAAGGUCGCCUCGGAAGAGCUACCUGAAGGCGCACCGCCGUGUGGCUCGGAGGGAGGACGCCAAGAUCAAGCUCAAGCUGUACGACCCGUCGGAGUUCCACGUGAUCAAUCCGUCGAGGCUAUCUAGGCUGGGAAACCCGGCGGGGUACAAGGUGGUCCCGGGAGGCAACGCGGCGAGCUUGCUUGAUCUCGACGAUCCUCCGCAGCUCCGAAAUGCCUACACUAAUAACCAGAUUUGGGUGACUCCAUAUAACCGGAGCGAACAGUGGGCCGGUGGACUCCUGGUGUAUCAAAGCAGAGGAGAUGACACUUUGGCUACCUGGUCUGAGAGGAACCGCCCUAUCGAGGACCGCGACAUCGUGCUGUGGUACACCCUCGGGGUUCACCACGUCCCGUGCCAAGAGGACUUCCCGGUGAUGCCGACCGACCAGUUGAGCUUCGAUCUGAAGCCGGUCAACUUCUUUGAUAGCAAUCCGAUACUAAGUGCUGCGCCCAACUUUGAGAAGGACCUCCCCGUGUGCACGAUGGCUGCUUCGUCCUGAUGCUCUUUCGUUCUUUUCGGUACGAAGAUUACACAUUUAGUAGAUAUCUGGUUCCUGCAAAUAAUAAAAGGGAAAAAAGGUCAAAUAAGGACCUGAAGUGGAGUUAUUUUCUCAAAAGAGGGUUUAAGGUGAACCUUGUUUCAAAUAAAGACAUGGAGUGACUAAGUUGUUUCAAA